AUGUACGCAGCAUGCAUGUGGAUAGUUCAAUUGCUUCUUUCCCUUAGCAAAGUGGAUUCUAUCUUCAUCUAUGUUCCUGAAUAUUAUUUGGAAACCGUGGUUGACUGCUUUCAUGUUCUUCGUAAGAGUGACCCUCCAUUUGUCCCUGCUGCAAUGUUCAUUAAGCAAGGACUUACGUCAUUUGUUACUUUUGUCGUUACCCACUUCAAUGAUCCGAGGAUAUCUAGCGCUGAACUGAGGGAUCUUCUUCUCCAGUCAAUUUCCGUCGUGGUACAGUACAAGGAAUUUUUAUCUGCUUUUGAGUGCAAUGAAGCUGCAACCAAAAGGAUGCCAAAAGCUUUAUUGGCAGCAUUUGAUAAUAGAUCAUGGAUCCCUGUGACCAAUAUACUUCUGAGGUUAUGCAAGGGUUCUGGCUAUGGUUUUGCAAAGCGUGGAGAGUCAUCAUCCUCAUCAGUCAUAUUUCAGAAAUUGUUGCGGGAAGCUUGCAUCAGCAAUGAAGAAUUAUUCUCAGCUUUUCUCAAUCGCUUAUUUAACACACUCAGCUGGGCGAUGACUGAGUUUUCUGUUUCAAUUCGUGAAAUGCAAGAAACUUACAAGGUGAUGGACUUCCAGCAGAGGAAAUGUAGUGUUAUAUUUGACCUCUCCUGCAAUCUUGCAAGGGUAUUAGAGUUUUGUACUCGUGAGAUAUCUCAAGCUUUUCUGUUGGGAACGGAUACAAACUUGCGUAGGCUGACAGAAUUGAUUGUCUUUAUACUGAACCAUUUAAUUUCUGCUGCUGAUCCAGAGUUAUUUGACCUAACACUUAGACGUCCUGGUCAAUUUACUGAGAAAGUUAACAGAGGCAUGAUUUUAGCACCUCUGGCUGGCAUUGUACUGAAUUUGUUGGAUGCUAGUAGAGAGAGAGGCUGUGGAGAGCAGAAUGAUAUUGUUGCAAUAUUUGCUAGUAUGGACUGUGCUGAUACCAUUCUCUGUGGAUUUCAGUAUCUCCUCGAGUACGAUUGGGCAGGCUCCUUCAGAGGGGAUGAUCAUCUUGGGAAAUUAGCACAACUAGAAAAGUUUUCAAGCCUGUUGAUCUGUCAGGCAGAAUUGCAAGAAGGUCAGAAGAGAAUUUGUCAGGGAGAAUCAGAUGCUGAUGAUGGCAUGUGCUGCAUAUGUUAUGCUUGUGAAGUGAAUGCUGAAUUUGUACCAUGUUCCCAUAAGUUGUUAGGAAGGAUGCAAAUGCCCCAUGAAGUCUCUCACUGCAGUUACCCGGUGUGCAUGGACGACCACGUGAUACCAAGAACACCAUGUAGGAGUAAGAGGCCACGUCAUUACGACCUAGAUGGAAGCUCCGAGGACCAGACCACUUUAGGGAGGUUCUCUUUGCUUGGGAGGUUGGCAUAA